UUACACGUUUGUGAUCACGCGAGUGACGUCAUCAACAUGCGCAGAAACCACGUGGCCUUUCAGGUCAUCCGGUUUUUGCGUUUGGAUUUCACGAGCUGUCCUUUGUAAAUAGAAGUUUAUCCACAAUUUUACAAGUGUAUUUCAUACACCAUGAGUUCUCAAAUUACUUGUAUCGCCUGGGUGAAGCGAGGCGUUUCCAAGGAAACUCCGGACAAAGUUGAAUUGAGCCAGGAGGAACUGCAACGCAUCAUCAAUGAGGCGAAGGAGGAGCUGCAGGAACAAGCAGCCGAGGAAGAGGAAGAGGAGGAUGCCGGGAUUGUAGCUGACGAUGAAAUUGGCAAUGUUCCCAGACUGCAAAAUGAAGAAGAGGAUGAACUUGCGGAGUAUGACCUGGAUAAAUAUGAUGAAGAGGACCUCGCGACGGCCAACCUCGGGGACAGCCUGGCUGGGCUCACCGUGUUCUGCUCAAACGACGAGGACCCUUACAUCACGCUCAAAGAUACCGAUCAAUAUGACCGAGACGACUUCCAAAUCAAACCCACCGACAACCUCAUCCUGUCUGGCAAGGCUGAAAAGGACUGCUGCAACCUGGAAAUCUACGUGUACAACGCCGAGGAGGACUCUCUGUACGUGCACCACGACAUUCUGCUGCCAGCGUAUCCGCUAGGCAUCGAGUGGCUCAACUUUGAUCCAAACCCUGAGGAAACGCUCUCCAACUAUGCCGCCGUGGGAAAUAUGACGCCGCAGAUUGACGUGUGGGAUCUGGAUGUGGUGGACUGCCUGGAGCCCGCGUUCACGCUGGGAAGCAAAAAGACAGCCAACAAGAAGAAAAAGAGCAAAAAGGGUGCAUCCGCAGAGACUGUGGAAGGACACACUGACGCAGUGUUGGAUUUGUCCUGGAAUAAGCUGAUCAGGAAUGUCUUAGCCAGCGGUUCCGCGGACGAAUCCGUUAUCCUGUGGGAUCUGUCCCAAGGCAAACCCGCCACCACCCUCCGCAGACACACUGACAAAGUUCAGACGCUGACCUUCCACCCAUUUGAGGCACAGACCCUCCUCUCAGGAUCAUACGACAAGACGGCCCUCCUGUACGACUGCCGCAGCCCGGACAGCCACCGCACGUGGAGAUUCAGCGGUCAAGUCGAGCGCCUGGUGUGGAACCACUUUUCGCCUUGCAACUUCCUGGCCAGUACAGAGGAUGGGUUUGUGUACUGUCUGGACGCGCGUGCCGAUAAACCCAUUUUCACACUGAAGGCACACGAUGAAGAAGUGUCAGGUUUGGAUCUCAGCAGCCAGAUUAAAGGCUGCUUGGUCACGUCGUCGGCAGACAAACACGUCAAGGUCUGGGACAUUUUGGGCGACAAACCCAGUCUGGUCCAUUCGAGGGACAUGAAAAUGGGUGUGGUGUUUUGUGCGGUCUGUUGUCCCGAUCGGCCCUUCACUUACGCUUUUGGAGGACAGAGAGACGGCUUGCGGGUUUGGGAUAUAAGUGAUGUCGCAGCAGUGACUGCGACAUUCGGGAGUCGGGAGCGCCUGGUGGUGAAUGCAGGAUCUGCAACAUCCACAGCAGCAGUGAUGGACACCUCAUAGUGGGACGAUGACAGUCCGCAUUCACUGCAAAUUCUUGUUAGAUACUCAAAGACAUAAUUUCAUAUAUGUAUUCAUAUUAUUGGAAGGACCAGUUAGUUAGUGAAGGUUGCAAGUCCUUUGUACAGUUCCAUUUAUCCCAAACUAAUGCAGUUUAUAUAUUAUGUAUGAGUUAAUCAAAAUCUUGUACAUCCCAUUUAUAAAUACAGUUUCUAAUAUGCUAACUUCAUAUUUGAUCGUGUUUUCCUUUUUGUUUUUUGGGUGUUUUGUAUUGGAAUUAUGACAAAACUUGUUGCAAUGGUGGAGCCAAAGUGCGGGGGGAAAAGCCACGACAACAUAUUGUAAUUGGGUGAAUUCAAUUGUAAUCUGUCUUGAUAUUAAACGAGAGUAGAAUUUUUUUUA